AGCAGUUUUUUUAUUAUAACAUUAGAUGCUUCUGCACUAACCUACUUGAAACGCAGUGAAACACACAUAAGUAGUAUCAUUUAAACAUAUUCUUAUUAUAUAUUUAAUCGUUACGUUAAGUUUAUGAAUUCUAAAGGUGUCUCGAUUUUACUGAAAGCGAUCGACAUGCACAUUGGAUUUAUUGGCUCGGGCAAUCUUGCGUUAUACGUGGCUAAAGGCUUGGUUCGAUCGGGUGCAAUCCGUGCAAGCCAGAUCAUAGCCAGCACACCAGAAACCAAAAAAGCCACAGUUAAAGAAAUAAAACAACUUGGAGUCAAGUUCACAAAAGAUAACAAAGUGACGGUGCAAGAGAGCAAACUGCUCGUUCUCGCAGUAAAGCCAAAGAUCAUUCCAUUUGUGUUAGAUGAACUACAUUCCUUCAUCACUAAAGACCAUUUGGUUGUUUCGUUUGCCGCUGGUGUAAAUAUUGCUUCAAUAGAAAAGAAACUUCAAGCAGAUGCCAAAGUAAUGCGGGGAAUGACAAACACAUGUUGUGCGGUAACGGAAGGGGCAACUGUGUACGCUACAGGUAAGAACGCAACUGAUGAAGAUUGUCAGGUUGUUGAACAAAUAUUUGGACGAGUUGGAACGGUAGAAGAGGUGGAAGAAGCUCAUAUUGAUGCUGUGACUGGUCUCAGUGGGUCAGGACCUGCAUACGCUUUCGAGGCUAUUGAAGCACUUUCUGAUGGGGCUGUUAAGAUGGGACUUCCAAGGGGUUUGGCGUUACGUCUUGGUGCUCAAUCACUGAUUGGAGCUGGUAGAAUGUUACUCGAUACAGGCAAACACCCAGGUGAACUUAAAGACGCGAUAUGCUCCCCUGAAGGGGCCACCAUUUAUGCUCUCCAUCAUUUGGAGAAAGGAGGAUUCAGAAGUUUGUUGAUUGAUGCCGUGGAAGCUUCAUGUUGUAGAACCAGAGAACUACAGGUUCAAGGAUCGGAAGAGGAGACGGACCAAGAGUCCAUAAAGAGGAGUAUUCGUGAAGGGAUGCAUCUCAAAGAUUUCUUGGAACAAAAUGGAAUAUUGAAACGUGAAAGCGGUUAACUCAGUAGCUGUCAACACACAAACCAACCAAACAAAGUGCCAUUAUUUUGUUAGAAUCAUUAUUUGCGCUGCUUUUUGUAGUUUUGGUGAAGCAGAGUUAACAUACACUCAGCAUACAUUUCCAUGACUGACUGAACCAUUGGUGAUGCUUCUUUAUUGAUUGUGUCUUAUAAAGACCUGCUAACACAUUCAACUUUCUGGUGCAAUUUACUUUCAUACUAGAUUUGUAACAAAACUUUGCUACCGUGAUUAAUAAAAACGUUAAAUGUUG